AAAAGGAGAAUCAUUCGUAAGAAAAUGGCACACUAAAUACAGUUGUUUAAAAUCAGAUAUUUGAAAUUUUCAUUCUGGAAAAUUGUGGUGGGCACACUAGAAUUUGAUGAUCUGUUGUCUAUCCUCAUCUUGAGAAAAGAUACAUUUUCUAACUGCCUGGUUAGGUUUUAAGCAUGCUGUUAAAUGUGAAUUGCAGGAAGACUAAUAUGUACUUUCUUUGUAAGAUUGGAAUUAUCGGUGGAACUGGCCUGGAUGAUCCAGAUAUCUUAGAAGGAAGAACAGAAAAGUAUGUUGACACUCCUUAUGGCAAGCCAUCAGAUGCUCUGAUUUUGGGAAAGAUCAAAAAUGUGGACUGUGUGCUCUUGGCAAGGCAUGGAAGGCAUCAUACAAUUAUGCCAUCAAACGUCAAUUACCGUGCCAAUAUCUGGGCAUUAAAAGAAGAAAAUUGUUCCCAUGUAUUAGUGACUACUGCCUGUGGUUCAUUACGAGAGGAAAUACAACCUGGUGAUCUUGUCAUAAUUGACCAGUUCAUUGACAGGACAACUAAAAGACAUUGUACUUUAUAUGAUGGGCAGCAUUCCACUCUCUCAGGAGUAUGUCAUAUUCCAAUGGCUGAGCCUUUCUGCACCAAAACCAGAGAGGUUCUUAUUGAGACUGCCAAGAAGCUGGGGCUCCAGUGUCACUCCAAGGGGACAAUGAUCACAAUUGAAGGCCCACGUUUCAGCUCUCGAGCAGAAAGCUGUAUGUUUCGCAGUUGGGGAGCUGAUGUUAUCAACAUGACUACAGUGCCUGAAGUGAUUCUUGCAAAGGAAGCUGGAAUGAGUUAUGCUAGUAUUGCCAUGGCAACAGAUUAUGACUGCUGGAAGGAACAUGAAGAAGCUGUUUCAGUGGAUAAAGUUUUAAAGACACUGAAAGGGAAUGCAAAUAAGGCUACAAGCAUACUCCUUACUGCCAUACCUCAGAUAGGCUCCAUGGAAUGGACCAGCAUCCUGCACACUCUGAAAACAACGGUGCAAUGUUCGGUCAUCCUGCCAAAGCAGUAACAACCUGGAUGAACCUUGAAGUUUCAGUGCUUUCAAGGAAGAGUGGAUCACUUUCAAACUUUCAGAGGUCAUAAUAUCUUCAACAGUUGUUACAAGCUUAAAAGAAUGGACUAAACUGACUAAGCAAAAAGAAUUGACUGAUGAUCAUGUGUAAGGCUGCUGUUAAAAUCUUUGUAGGUUUGAUAAGAUGGUAAAAAUUAGAUUUUGAGUAUGUUUUCAACUAUAAAUAGCCCUACUGACAAACUGUAUCCGACAAAGAAAAAAAAAUCACUAUGCUUUAUUCAGUGGUACCUUUUAACUGAUGGUAGAAAGGAAAGUCUAAGUAAUAUUGUUGUUGCAGUUUCAUAAAAUAAGGUCUAAGAAAGCAGAUUCACAGGCUAUUUGUGUUGCUGUUUCUACCUCCCAUCUUUUUCUUCAACAAGGCACAUGGUUACAGUUCACUUCAGAAACAUAACAGAAAAACUGAACAAACAAUUUCAAAUUAAAAUUAUACUAUUUUUAUACAUUAUCCAUAUUUUUUAUUCCAGUGAUUUUUUAAAGCAGUGUAUUUGUUUUGUGUGCUAGAAGACCUGGUGGUUCUGUCACAUCAGCAGUUCUGUUAUGAGUUAGUGUUGGGGACUAAAGUAAUACCUAAACCAAAUUCAUGCCUGAGGAUGUACUUACAUGACUUCCAGAACUGUACAGAAAAAUUGCUUUGCUGACAGUGUCCCAAACAUACCCAUUUUCCGCUUUAUUGAACAGCUCCAAUUUUAGUUCCUGUAUUAAAUGAUGAAUGUGCUCUAGUGGUUUGAAUGUAUGCAUUUCAAUUUUUUAAUACAGUUCUAUUUUAAUAAAAUAACCUGCUAUUUCUUGUCUAGUAAAUAAAAUGAAUGAAAUGUA